UGUUUCCUAUUCAAGAUCUUUAUUCUGUUCAAACCAAGUCAGUUUUGAAGAAAUCGUACGACAGAUCGGUACAGCGUUACAAAAUGUCCUUGAAAACCGCUAUUAAGUUACCUACUGGACAGUACAUGCCAGUAUUGGGGUUCGGUACUUGGCAGGCUACAGAUUUGGAAGCCAGUACUGCCCUUGAAAAUGCACUCGAAGCUGGGUACAGACAUAUUGACACUGCAACUGUAUAUGAAAAUGAGGCCGUGUUAGGAAAAGUUUUGAAAAAAUGGCUUGACUCUGGCAAAGUCAAACGAGAAGAUUUGUUCAUAGUCACAAAGGUACCUGCUUGUGGAAAUUAUCCUCAUAGCAUAGAAAAAUGGAUCAAAAAAUCAUUGGAAUUGCUGCAGCUGGAUUAUCUUGAUUUAUAUCUGAUCCAUGUUCCCUUUGCCUUUGUGGAAGGAGAGGAUUUGCAUCCAAGGAAUGAAAAUGGUGAAAUUUUGAUGGACAUUAAUACUGAUCAUUUGGCAUUAUGGAAAGAAAUGGAGAAUCAAGUCAAGGCUGGACGUACCAAGGCAAUAGGCCUUUCUAAUUUUAACCAAAAACAAAUCACAAAAAUUCUUUCUAUCGCACAAUUGCCUAUAUCCAACUUGCAGAUUGAGCUACACGUUUAUUUCCAACAGAAGGAAAUGGUUGAAUUCUGUAGAGAUAAAGGCAUAACGGUGACUGCUUAUUCGCCGUUGGGUUCUAGAGGAACAGUGCAACUUUUUGGCAAAACUGAAACCAUCCCUGACCUUUUAGAAAACCCAACAAUUCUGGCGGUUGCCAAAAAGCAUAAUAAAUCACCGGCUCAAGUUGCACUCAAGUACAUCAUUCAAAACAACAUUGCAGCUAUUCCAAAAAGUACUAAUUCUAAACGUAUAAAAGAGAAUAUCGAUUUGUUUGGAUGGAAUCUCGAUGAUACAGAUAUGAGUUCUAUAGCUCAGUUAGAUAAGGGCGAAUCAGCUCGGAUCUGUGAUUUUUCUUUCUUGAAAGGAAUCCAGAAUCAUCCGGAAUUUCCAUUCUAAACGAAAAAGUAAAGAGAACACGAAGACAAGUGCAAUACUGCAGAAUCUAUAACCGAAUAGUUUUAAAUGUUAUUUACAAUCUUCAUUUCGAAUCUCUCUAUAGAAAAAUAAAGUUGUUCCUAUCUGUUCAAUAAUCAAGAAACAUAUUGGAGGCUAUUUGUAAUAUUGAAAUGAAAUUGAUAAAUUUUUAUUCUAACCUGAAA